AUGGAAAACGUUCUUCUGUGGCUCUUCAGUGCAUCAGCUCUGGGGUCCGUCUGCUCUCUCCCUGUACGUCAGUACCACUUCAUCUAUGACCCAAAGAACUGGACCGAGGCGCAGAGUCACUGCAGGCAGCGCUACACGGACCUGGUCACUGUGGACAGUCUGAACAUGGUGACCAAGCUGAACGGCUUGGCAGACGUGAGCAGAAUGGGAUCCACUGCAGACGCCUGGAUCGGUCUGUACUUUGAUGUGGUCAGCUGGAGGUGGUCGCUGUCAGAUGGAGGUUUCUACCCAGCAGAUGGAAGCUACAGACUCUGGUCACCUGGUGAGCCAAACAGCGCCUGGUACACAGCAGACUGCGCCCACAUGUAUGAUAAUGGAUACUGGAACGAUGCUCCCUGCCAGUGGCUUUAUGGAUUCAUCUGUGCCAACACCAGUGGACAGACAGCAGCAUUUUUCUACAUCAACACAUUAAUGAACUGGACCGAUGCUCAGAGCUACUGCAGGCUGCACUACACAGACCUGGCCAGCGUCAGGAGCCUGCAGGAGAACGAGCAGAUAAGGGCCGCGAGGCCUGCAGGUCUCAUUGUCUGGAUCGGCCUCUACAAAGACACCUGGAAGUGGUCCAACGGAAACCUGUUCCUGUUUUCCUACUGGGCAUCAGGACAGCCUGACGGCGGGUUGAACAACUGCACCGCGGCAGACUACAGCCUCUCUGGUCGCUGGGAGGACUGGCCGUGUGGCUUAGAGAAGGCCUUCAUCUGCUACCAUGAUGCUGAACCUUUCACACGUCACACAGUGAAGGUGAAGCUGGUGGGAAACUCGGCUCUGGAUCUGAACGACCCUGCAGUCCUGGAAAACCUGCUGAAGGAGCUCCAGCAGAAGCUGCAGGACCAGGCAGUGAAAACUGAGAUCAGACUGAGCUGGAAGAACCAGCCUGAUGGGAAGAUCUUCUACAGAGGGAAGCAAAAUUAACCCAAAGUUUCUCCAGAUGAGAAACUUGAAUUUUAUUUUAACUGCAAGAGGCAGAAGUAAAACAUAGAAAUCAUAUAGUCUGAAGGUUUAGAGGUGAAAUUUUGUUUUAGCAGCUGUAGUUAAAAGGCAUUUUUUUAUUAUAAAUUACUUUAAAGCAGAUUUGGGUUCACCAGUUUGUUUUUGAGUUAAAAUCGCUGGUUUAUCUACUAUGAAAUUAAAAAUAAAGUCUUAAAAUAUUAAAACUUUGUAUUAGACCUAACAGUUUACAUCAUAGUAAGAUGUUAAUCUCUCCCAUCACAUUGCCCUAACAAUUAUAACUCCUUAUUUUUGUUAUUUUUAUUUCUUUAUUCUCUUUUUUCCUGUUUUCCUCUUUCUUUUUAUUUUUUCUCUUUUGCUUUCUUUGUUUUUUCUAACUCUUUCUCUGCCAACACUGAUAUGUUCUGCACUUUUAAAUAAAACAUCUUUAAACAUCAUAACGAUAACCUUAAACUAAAUAUUUUUUGUCAAACACAAUAUUUCUGUCAUUUUUUGUUUAUGAACAGAAACUUAAUUCAUAGUUCAAUCUAAACGGGGACAGCUCCCUCUGCUGGACUGUAGUUAAUCUGCACCACAUGUAAACUAGUUGCAGGCACAUUGAUGCAAUAAACGUGUGAUGACUUCAAAGUGUUUUUGAUGGAAAAGUAAA